AUGUUCGCUCAAAGCUCUUUAACAGCCAUCUCUAUUCCUUCUGCUUCUGCCAUAAGACAAAGAUCUUACUCUCAAGAAAGUCCCACAUUUCCUAAUGAAAGUUUCAUGGAUAUCGAUUCUGGGUAUUGUUCUCUGGACGAGCUUGAAGUUUUGUUUACUGAGCAUGGCGAUGAUGAGGAUGAUAUAGAAAUCCUUUUGGACCCUUCCGAACUUGAUCUGGAAGAUCAAUUUGUCUACGAAAUGUGCAACAUUUCAAUCUUUUAA